AUGACGAACCCCAUCCCGGCGUGCUCUUCGUCAGGCCUGGUUGUCCACGCAACUCUCCCAGAAAUUCGCCUGGAGCGUUUUUAUUGCUUCCGGACGAGUCUGCAGCGGCUGCAGUAUGCAGGCUCGCAGCUACCUCCCUCCUCAUCGCCUUGCCGGAACUGCGAGAAGAAACGCGUGAAAUGCAUAUGCGAAAGUGUCGCCACCCAUGUGGGACGGACUUCCGCGUUUUCUCUCCUUGAAGCCGAGAAUGUUCGUACGCGUCUCGACGAAGUCCGCCAGCGCCUGAGUUCGAUUGAAAUCGCCGACUGGAAGCGCCACACAACCUCGACAGACUUGAUGAAACGCGUCGUGCCUACCAUUCGCGAGAAGGUCAAGGACAGCAUGGGCUUUGCGCCGGAGCUCGUGAUCAACUCGUGGGCGAAGCUGUAUGAGCUCCUGGUGCAGACGCCGGCGCUGCCGGCCGUGCGCGCCUCGCCGGCGGACGUCAGCGCGACGCAGGCCGGCAAAACCGUCAAAAGCGUGCAUCUCUGCGAGUGUCCCGGCGGAUUCAUCGCAGCGACAAACCACUUUGUCAAGACGAAAUCAAAAGGAUCUGUCGGGCAUGCAUGGCGCGCCGUUUCUCUCUCGCCGUACCACGAGGGCGGGAAUCCGUCCGAACUCCUCGACGACGACGUGCUGUUCAGGCAGACCGAAGAGCUCUGGAUUAAAGGCUUCGACGAAACCGGGGACAUUCUGAAGAAGAAAAACAUCGAGUACAUCUGGAAUCACACCUCCCGCGAGCCGCGGACGCGCGAAAACCCACAGCCCUUCGGGCUGGCCGACUUGGUCACAGCCGACGGUUCCUUUGAUGUGCAACACGCUCCCGAUUUGCAAGAAGAACUGACUGCGCCGCUGGUGUUCGCGGAAGUCGUCUGUCUCCUCGGGCUGCUCAACAUCAAGGGCACUGGCAUCGUCAAGAUGUACGGGCUCCUCUCGCACCAGUCGAUCUCCCUCUUAGCCAUCCUCAGCAUGUGCUUCAACCACGUUGUUUUGGCAAAGCCGUCCAUGAGUAGGCCAGGGAACUCCGAGCUGUACGCCGUUUGCUUGGAAUUUGUUGGGAUUCGAUCUUCCUUCCUCUCCGUUCUGUCGCGCCUGGUUGAUACGGCGCACGACGUCUUGGGGAAACAGGGAAAAGCUUUGAUUCCUAAAGAAUGGAUUCCUGAGGAGUUCCUCCGCGAAUGCUUCGAGGCUGCGAGCUUCUUCGCGUCACAGCAGAUCCAGCAGAUCGACAGAAACCUCAGCCUUUUUCACCACCUUGACAAAGCGGCUCUGCAGGCUUGCUACCAAAAACAGAGAGAGAGGGCGAACGACUUUAUUCGCAGACUCCACAUCGAGCCAAUAAAUUUCGCCGAUCGCAUCGUCAAAGACGUCCACUUCAUCACCUCGUGGGCGAAAAACCCCUUCACAAACUCAACGCGACGCGCCACCAGGCGCCGGGUUCAAGGCACUCUGGAGGACCGAGAGCGGUUUCACGAGCUUUUCGAGGGCCUCCAGGACUGCCGCAGACGCCAGUGGGAAGCCGCGGCGCAGGGCGAGGCCCCCGCCGACCGGCACGAAGAGCCAGAGAGAGGCGCCGGAAGCGGGCGAGAGAGCACAGGAAGAAGAAUUCCUCUAAUCAAGCCGGGCGCCGCAGUCGAGAUCGUCUGCCGCUUCGUGGAGGCGAGGCAACGACAGGCAGAACGAGAUGGCGUGGCUCCUGAGGAGCCGGCGUCGCUCGCGGAGUUCCUCGAAAUUCUACCUGUCUUGGGGCAAGGCGGCUCUCUCCACGACGAGCAAGACGCGGAGGAGGCACGUGGAACUCCGACCGCGAUGCAAACGCCAAAGCGCGCGCCGCUGUGGGCGAAUCUUUUCGGGCGCCAGUUGAAGCCGCGGGCGUCGGCAAGCGCGCGGCCGCAGGCGGCGGAGCGCCACGGGAGCGAUUUGUUGUCCUUCUUCGCAGAUAUUUCGGGCCAAGGCGCCGCGAACGACAAAGGGACUCCUUCCGCGGCGGAGGGCAGCGACGAAGAAGACGAGAAAGAAGACCCCGCCGAGCGCGAACAGCGCGAAGAAUGGGUAAAAGAGCUCGGCGAAGGCCUGGCGCGGAAGGACUACCUGAGACCUCGGAACGUGUGGAUCACACCCGCCAUCGCCAUUCGUCCCUACGCUGUCCGGCUCUCCCGCUUCGCAGAUGACCAGCUCAUGGCCUUGCUGAUGGAGAAGCGCCUUCGUCUACCUUUCAUCGUGCCAUAUUUGCCGGCGGACUACUUGGCGACGGAGGCAGGCGCGGCGUCUUCUGUGCCGUCGCCCCUCGCGCUGCCGGGCAGCUCCACCGCGGAUCUCGCGCUCGCGCUGCUGCAGCUGGUUCCCAGGCCGAGGGCGACUUUGCGCAGCGAGCCGGGGAAAGCAGCGGAGCCCGGAAAAGCAGCGGAGCCCGGACGCGACCAGCACCUGGCGCCGUGGAGAGAGGCUGUUGAGCAGCGCUACCGCGCGGGCUACUUGGAGUUGACCUUGGGGCGCGAGACGGCGGAGAGAAACGGAUCUACGACGGGCGCCGCAGCAAACGCGGGCGCCGAGCGGCGCCCAGGCGUCCUCGGAGAUCUCUUCCAGCGCGCCGGGGUCCGCGUCCCGGGAGUCCAGCUGGACAACGGCGGACGCGCAGGAGGGGAAGAGGCCGCGGCGCGAGAGUCGCAGCGCGCGCCCGACGAGGAGUCCAUCCACUCGGCGUCCUUCUUGGAUGAUUUCCGCGAGCUGGCAUAUGGCGGAGAGGCCGCUAGGAGGAGCGCAAGCGACGCGCCACACGCGGACGCGACCGACGAGGACGGAGCCUGGCGUCUCAACUUGUUAGCCGAAUGCGAGAAAGGCACCAAGAGUGCACAGCUGCUGCAGCGCCGGCGCGACGGGAGUCCCUGCGCAUGUGGCCUCGUCUACGCCGACGUCACUGGUCAGGCUCGCAGCUCGGCGCCGGCGGCGCAGCUGCGUUUUCUUCUGUCCUCUCCUUCCGCUUCGGCGUCUGAAACUUCUUUCUUCGAAACGCCUCCGGACGCGGUCGCGGACAGCGAGUUCGCUGAAUUGGCGGAGGCAGAGAUGGUCAGCAAAGUCCUCCUAGUCGGGGCGCUUCUCGAAGCCUUGAACGCACUGGAGGCGAACGGCGACCUGGUGCUGCGGCUCCACUCGUCUUACACGCGCUUCACAGCGACGCUGCUGCUUCCGCUCGCCUCUGCGUUCUCGAACGCCUCGCUCUUCGCGCCUGACUCGAUGCCCUCGUGGCGGAAUGAGCGACUCUUCCUCGGGCACGCCCUCCGCCCUGCAGAGGCGGCGCUCGCCAGGCGGCUCCUCGCGGGCGUUUGGGACGCGCUAGUCGACCUGCGCCAGAAACAGCCUAGCAGGCGAGAAUGCGCGAGACAAGGCCUGGAAGACGCUUCCAUCUGGACUCUUUCGCAGUGCCUCAGCGCCAAACUCUUCACAGGGCCGCCUGCAGUCUACUGGCUGUGCCGAUGGAAUGAUGCUUUCCUUCGCCGGCAAAUCCGAGACGCGGACCGCCGCCUUUCCUUGCUCACUCUCGCCGCGCGCGAGCUUUCUCUUUCUCCGUCGCCGCGGGAAAGUCUCGCUGCGGAGGCCGCGACCGACGACGGCGCGCAGCCGGGCAAGCGACAGCGUGGAGAGGAGGAGAGUCGAGCGAAGAAGAUGCUGAAGACUGCGGAGGAGCAUGACGCUUUGCGGCGCGAAGAAGACGUCUCGUCCGCAGAGACGGAAAGUCUCGAGAUCGUGGAGGGCGGGCGCGCGGCUCCUAGCACGCGGGAGGCCGUUGCGGCGGCACUUCUGCUUCACGAGAGGAAGGAGAAGCGAGAAAAAAUAGUCGUGCGGUUUCUGGAGAAACUCGGCGUAGCGGAGCUCCUCCUCCCCGAGGCCUCGCCCUACCGCCGCUUUGUUGCCCGGAAGGCGAAGACCCGCGCAGAGACAGAGGCGCAGGCGGAGGCGGAAGGACCACUCAGCGAGAAGGCGCCCGCCGCAGGAGGCGAAAAAGCUCUGCCAGUCAGCGACGCGGAGUCGGGCUUAACUCGGCGGCGAGCAGACAGAGAUCCCGCGUGGGGCGGACUGACCUUUUUUUCGCUCGAACAGAUCUGCAAGUCAGCCGUCGGCUUCGGCAUCCAGCCGUCCGAUCAAGAGGCACUCUGGCGCGAGGAGGCGAGCUAG